AUGUUAAAAAGUUCGAAGACGGCAAAGGAUGUAUUUGUAAGAACAGUUGGUAAUCAUUCAUAUUUACAAAGACGUGAAGAAAUUGAAGUUCGUAUAUUUAAACAAAAUAUAGAACCUAGAGUUAUAAAUGAAACAACAGCAAUAGCUAAAAUUUAUGAUGAAGAACUUCAUCGACAACAAAUGCCACAAACAGCAGCUGCUAUUAUUCUAUCAUUAUAUGAAGCAAGUUAUCCAUGUGUCGUUAUUUUAUUAUGUGAUUGUAAAACCCGUAGCUAUAAAGAAUUAUUUCGUGAAUUGAAAUAUCAUGCUACUCGUUUAAAAACAGCAUUUAAUCCAGAUAUAAUAACAAGUGAUUUCGAAAAAGCUUUAAUCAAAGUUGUUGUUGAUAAAUGUCCACAACUACGACAUGCCGGUUAUUACUUUCAUUUUACACAGGCUCUCUAUCGUAAUAUACAAAAACUUGGUUUAAGAAUAGCUUAUCGUAAUAAUAAAACUAAAAGAUAA